AUUCCGCGCUAGCGAGAGGGAGGGACUGAGAGAAUGGAAAUAAACCCGGGGGGGGGGAUUACUGCCACCCCUGUGUGAAAAAAAGAAACAGUAAUUUUCAAACUCGGUCACAGACCCAAUUUGGAUAGACGGUACUGUCUUGAAGACGGGAUUACACAACACGAAAACAACGCGACUGCUGGAAACAGUUUGAAAAAGUUUUCCCAAAUUUAAUACGUUCUUUUUGCUGCUGCAGUCAAACGGCUUUUUUUUUUUUUUUAAAUUGGAAAAAGGAGUAUCUGUAAACGAUUUAUUGAAGUUUUUUUUUUUUUUUAAGUUGUUUGUUUCGCAGAUUUAAACAGAUCACGCAACGGGACCUUGAUAUUGAUAUUGAUAUAGAUAUAUUUUGAAAUCUUUAGCGUUGGUCUUGGCCGCAGUCUGGUUAUGUGGCACUAAACAGGGGCAGUGGUCGCUCCUUUCAAUUCUGAAAAACGAUUUUUAAAAAAAAAAAAAAAAAGAGGGAUCUAACAUGGGAAGAAACGUGGGAUGCCUCGCGCUGACCGUUUUCCUUACCUGCGCCUUUGCUUUGAGAAAAACUCUCGCCCAAAAAGGCUGGCAGUUUGAGGAGAGCCCUGGGAAUGUGACCUCAUCACUGGGGAAGCCCGUGAGACUGCGCUGCGGGAUACAGGGCUUCGGGGAGCCCCCCGAGAUCUUCUGGACCAGAGACGGGGAGCCCCUGGAAAUGUCCGACACCAACCAGUUGACCCUGCACCUGGGGGAGGAGGAGGAGGAGGAGGAGGAGGAGAAGUGGCUGUCUGUCAGCGAGCUGUGGAUCUCGUCUGUCCAGCUGUCUGACAUGGGGGGGUACCGGUGUGCCCUGACUGAGGAGGGGGGAGAGCUCCUCUCUGAAGAGGGCUACCUGGAGCUGGAAGGGUUACCUCAUUUCUCCGAGGAGCCCCGGGACUUUGCCGUGGUAGCGAACAGGACCCUCAAUCUGAGCUGCCGAGCGCACGGCCCCCCGGAGCCAGUGAGGGUGAUCUGGCUGCAGGACGGGGCCCCCCUCAACACGCUGCUCGAUCCCGUCGCUCUGUCCCCCUCCACUCUUACUCUCAGAGGACUCAACAGGAGCAGCUCGUUCUCGUGUGAAGCUCACAACAAGAAAGGGGUGGCCACGUCCACGACGGGCAAAGUCACAGUUAUCCCAGACAAACCGCAGAAACUCAAGCUGUACUCAAGAACCAACAGGUCGCUGGAGAUCUCGUGGGAGCCCGGAUUCGGGGGGGUGUACCCCAUUACUGUGUACUCCAUACAGGUGUCCGAGCUCACCGGAGGUCACAUGAUCUACAAUCAGAACGUCAAGGCCCCGCCCCCACGUCACUUGAUCCCGGGUCUGGUUCCGUUCACGGAGUACCGCGUCCGUCUGUCCUGCCGCAGCAGCGAGGGGGGCUCUGAUUGGACAGACUGGGUGACCAUGGCAACCCUUGAAGGAGUGCCGAGUCUCGCUCCCACCAAUGUCAGCGUGCAGUUCAACGGCAGCCUCGCUCUGGUGAAGUGGGAGGAGCCAGCGGGCCGGCUGAACGGAGUUCUGAGAGGAUACCGGCUGGCCUAUCAGAGUCAGGAACCAGGAGAGUUGAUAGACACAGGUAACGCCACGGAGAUGACCUUCAACCUCUCCCUUCCCGGGAGCAACCUCUCUGUGCGGGUGUGUGCGUACACUGGGGCGGGGCAGGGGCCCUGGAGUCUCCCCCUCAGGCUCGCCUCCCUCCAGCCAGAGAUGGGGGAGCUGCAAUCUGGAGGGUUGCCCGUGUCACCAGGUGAAUUCUCCUGGCACUGGUGGUACGUUGUCAUGGCUGUUGCCGUGGCGAUCGCCUGCACGGUCAUGGUCGCCGUAUACGUCUCCCGACUCCACAGGAAAGAGACGCAAUACGGGGAAGCGUUUGAGCCGAUGAUGGAGAGAGGAGAGCUGGUGGUGCGCUACCGAGCGCGGCGAUCCUACAGCCGCAGAACCACAGAGGCCACGCUGAACACUCUGGGCAUCAGCGACGACCUCAAAGAGAAGCUUCAGGAUGUGAUGGUGGAUCGACACAGACUGACACUCGGGAAGACAUUAGGAGAAGGGGAGUUCGGUUCUGUGAUGGAAGGGCAGCUCAGUCAGGAGGAUUACGUCCUCAAAGUUGCCGUGAAGACCAUGAAAAUAGCUAUCUGCACACACAGUGAAAUGGAGGAUUUUCUUCGGGAAGCUGCCUGCAUGAAGGAGUUUGAUCAUCGCAACGUCAUGAGACUGAUCGGCGUGUGUCUGCAGAGUGUGGAGAGUGAGGGGUUCCCCUCCCCAGUGGUGAUCCUGCCCUUCAUGAAACACGGAGACCUGCACAGCUACCUGCUGUACUCCCGGCUCGGAGACAGCCCUGUGUACCUGCCUGUGCCGAUGCUUGUGAAGUUCAUGACGGAUAUCGCUCGAGGGAUGGAGUAUCUCAGCAACAAGAACUUCAUUCACCGAGACCUGGCCGCCCGGAACUGCAUGUUGAAUGAGAACAUGACGGUGUGCGUGGCUGACUUUGGGCUCUCUAAGAAGAUCUACAACGGGGAUUACUACCGGCAGGGCCGGAUCUCCAAGAUGCCGGUGAAGUGGAUUGCCAUCGAGAGCCUGGCCGACCGGGUCUAUACGAGCAAGAGCGACGUGUGGUCGUUUGGGGUGACGAUGUGGGAGAUUUCUACGCGGGGUCAGACCCCGUACCCCGGCGUUGAGAACAGCGAGAUCUACGACUACCUGCGGCAGGGGAACCGACUGAAGCCGCCCCCCGACUGUCUGGACACCAUCUACGCCCUGAUGUUCUCCUGCUGGCUGCUGAGCCCCAAGGAGCGGCCCAGGUUUGAGACGCUGCGCUGCGAGCUAGAGAAAGCCCUGGAGGAGAUGCCCAGUGUCCAGGAAGGAGAGGAGAUCCUGUACGUGAACAUGGAGGAGUCCGCCGGGGGGCCUCAGGGCCAGGGGAGGGACGGGGCCCCAGAGCUGGGGGCCGUGGGGGGCCAAGACCCCUCCGACUGCUUCAAAGGGCCCCCCUUCUCCCUCCUGGGCCCCCCGCUCAAGGGAGGCUCCUGUUGCACCUCAGUUGAUGUGCACCCCAAGUCGGGGAGGUAUGUGCUGUUCCCUGCCCAGCAGGAGAGCUCCAGGAUGCUGAGGGCAGAGUCUAGGGAGAGCCUGGGGCUGGGAGAGGGGGGGGAAGGGGCAGAGGAGGGCCCCCAGCCACCCCCUUCCACACCUCCACUGGGAGGCCACACCAGCCACUGCAAACCCAAAGCCCCAUGGCAGUGACGGGCACUGAGCUGGUAGCUUCGGAGCCUGAACUGGUGUUUGAGGGGAUUGUGCGUUUUACAGCAACUGCUUUAUCCUUGCAGGAGAACUGAUUAGUAGAUCUACUGGGACUGAUCGCCAGACCAGGAACUUCUCGGCUUUGCUUUUGUAAUCACUGGGAGAGAAUUGAUCGAGGAUGUGGGAAUGAUCGUUAGACCAGUAAGGUCCUCUGCUUUGAAAUACUAAAAAGAAUUUCCGUAAAUUCAAUGGCAAACGUUUCCACUAGAAGUCUUUCUCAGCGUCUUCAGUGUAAAUUCAAUGGCAAACGUUUCCACUAGAAGUCUUUCUCAGUGUCUUCAGUGUAAAUUCAAUGGCAAACGUUUCCACUAGAAGUCUUUCUCAGCGUCUUCAGUGUAAAUUCAAUGGCAAACGUUUCCACUAGAAGUCUCUCUCAGUGUCUUCAGUGUAAAUUCAAUGGCAAACGUUUCCAGUAGAAGUCUUUCUCAGUGUCUUCAGUGUAAAUUCAAUGGCAAACGUUUCCACUAGAAGUCUUUCUCAGCGUCUUCAGUGUAAAUUCAAUGGCAAACGUUUCCACUAGAAGUCUUUCUCAGUGUCUUCAGUGUAAAUUCAAUGGCAAACGUUUCCACUAGAAGUCUUUCUCAGCGUCUUCAGUGUAAAUUCAAUGGCAGACGUUUCCACUAGAAGUCUUUCCCAGUGUCUUCAGUGCCACCCUUUUCUCAGUCGCUGGAAGAACUUGUCAACAAAUAACUGGGAUUGACCAGACCAGUAACUUCAUCGCUUUCCUUCCGCAGUCACUGGGAGAGAACUGAUGGACAUAUGGGACUGAUUUACUAAACCAGUAACUUCAACGACUGACCGAUAUCUGGGAGUGACCAGCUGACCAAUACCUGACCAGAGUGACCAAACUCCUGUCCUUCACAAUCACAGAGACAGACGAUGAGAACGUCAUUAGGAACGGUCAAUAACUUGACCAGGUGGCUUCGUAUAUACGAACGGUACGUUGCAGAGUAAAACUACACUUCCUGUUGUUUCAGAACCACCCAAAAUUCAAUCUGUGCAUUUCCGUGGGGAAAACCACAGCACAGGCUCUCACAGCUCCCCAGUACAAUCCCACUGUAAAACCAGUACAGUCCCCUAUCCAGUCUCCCAGUAGCAGGGAUUGAAACGAGACUCCCGUUGCAUAGCAGUUUGAUCCAUUCUUUGUUUUACUAUGAGUUUAAUAUUAAGACACACCUGAGCUUGUUGCCUAGAAACACUGGGGCUGAUCAAGCUGGUAGUAAAACCUGGACUGGGUGACACUGCUGUGCAACAGGAGUCUUAUUCCCAUCCCUGCAGUUCACACCCUCUUACCAGUAAUGUCCCAGAAACCAGUACAGUUCCCUUUACAGAGCGCCAGUACAAAUACUUUGAAACAAAAUUCAGGGUGCAGAACUAUUUCCAGUCAUAUAAAGCCUGAUGGUUUUUGGAAUAAAGGUACUUUUUAAAAGAAAAAAAACAAAACAAAACACAUCAGAACUGUAGAAAUUUCUGCAAGAGUUAUCAGAAGAUGAGGAUUGAGUUGCAGCUGCCCUUAUCAAGAUGGCUGCCUCUCUAGCCAUAAGGUCAGUUCCAUCUUGAUAAGGGUACAAAAGUUAGCCUCAUUAGCACCUCCGUCUGUCUGGAGGCCAAACUUCGCUCCUCACCCUGUCACAGGCUCCAGGGCAGUUCAGUUUCACACGGGCCUGUCUUUCUGUGCCCGUGCCUGGGGCAUUAUUCGCUUUAUCACUGCCAGACACACGAUACUUGAGUCUAGGAAGCUUGCAAAGCUUCUUAAUUUUUUUUUUUUUGUCUCUCUGGAGCUUAACAAUUUAAAAAAAAACAAAAAAAAAACGAAUGAUUAAAAGCACAGUAUUAAUGUUUUUUUUUUCUUUAAAUGUAUAAAUAAUAUUUUGCACUAAUAUAAAUAUAUACAGUGUAUAUGUAAUAUAACAAAUAUGUAUACCCAAACUGCUUUUGUGUCACAUCACAAGGUAAUGGCCAGUUAGCGAUAGCACUUUUUACACUGUGUCUCCUAAUUCCUGUGCAUUUACAUUGUAGAUACUUUCACAUCACUACAAUGUUAAGGGUGAAAAAAGAUGUUCCUAUGCAUAAUAACAUUGUAAUGCUGUGUAAGCACGCAUGUAUUUAAAGACAGUCUAAAUUGUAACCCAGUUAGCUUUGCGCUUAAAAUUGGUACGCAGACAUUUUCCAGUAGAGUAAAACAAAGAGGUACUGUGCCUUUAAGAUAUGUACCCUUUUUAACUUUAAGUGCCUUUGCAAACUAAUGCAUUUUUUUUGGUUGCAAUUUGUGUAUCUGAUCACAAGAGAAUAUACUUGUUGUUGUUGUUCACUAUACUUCUUUGUUGUCCAUGUUUUAUGAAUUGUGAACAGAAGUGUGUGUGAGAGAGAAUGGACAGGGUGUUUGUUUAUAAGCGUGUGUGUGUCAGUGUAUUUGUCUGCAUGCAUGUGUAACACUCAGGGUGUGCACCUUUGUUUUGUUUA